AUGUUUUUAUUUAUUUUUACUUCCUUUAUUCUUAUUAAAUCAACAUUAUCAUCACCGUCAUCAUCAUCAUUAAAUACAUUUAUUUUUUCUGCAGCAUCUAAUACUUACAUUUCAUUUGAUUCAUGGCAUCCAUGUCUUACAGGUUAUGUACGUUUUGAUAUACGAACAAAUUCAAAAGAUGGUACACUUGCAUAUAUUGAUGAUCGUGGAAAAUUUGAUUUUUUUUAUUUAAAAUUACUCGAAGGUAAACCUCGUCUUUUAUUUAAUUUGGGCAGUGAUCGACAAGCUAUAAAUGUUAAUAUGAAAAUAAAUGAUGAUAAAUGGCAUACAAUAUUAAUUAAACGUAAUGGACAAACAACAACACUUAGUAUUGAUAAUGGUUAUGCACAAAAUUCAACAGUAACUCAUUCAGAAGAUUUAUAUUUUGGUGGUGCAACUUAUAAUGAAUAUGAAUCAUCACCAUUCUAUUUCGGGGGUAUUCCAGCAAUAUUAGAACGACCAAGCUCAGGAAAUUUAUCUUCAUUUGAUGUCUAUAUGCAACCACGUUUUCGAGGUCAAUUACGUAAUAUAAUCUAUAAAAAUUGUACAAAUUCUCAUCUUAUUCAACCAAUUCAUACAAGUAUAUCCGGUGGUGUUUCAUUAAUUCCAGAUCAUCAUUGUUCAGGAAUAAAUUGUAGUAUUGGUAUCUGUUUAAUAACUGAUGAUAGUUAUAGAUGUCUUUGCGAUGAAACGAAUUAUCAAGGUACGCAUUGUCAAAAUGAACGUCGAACAAAUGAAUUAACAUUUCAAGGCAAACAAUAUUUUAAAUAUGAUUUAUUAGAUUCAAUAUUAAGUUCAAAUGAAAUAAUAACAUUUGAAUUUAAAACAAAUCAUUAUAAUGGUCUUCUAUUUCAAUUAAUUGAUUCACAAAUUUAUAUUAAAUUAAAACAAGGACAAUUAUUAAUUGAAUAUCGUUUAAAUAAUAAUUCAUGGCAUGAAUCAUUAACAAAAGAUCUUUAUUUAAUCGAUAAUCAAUGGCAUUAUGUACAAAUUAAACGUAAAUCUGACCAAAUAAUAAUACUUAUUGAUCAACAUUAUUUAACAUUUGAAAAUGAUAUGAAAAUCGAUCAAUUAUUUCGUUUUAAUGAAAUUUUUAUUGGAGGAAAUCAUCAAUUAAAUAUAGAAAAAUUUCAUGGUUGUAUAAAAGAUAUUUCAAUUAUAUUUAAUGAAAAUUUAAUAAUUGAUCUUAAUAAAUCAUCAAUAAAUAUUCAUGAAUAUGGUUUAAUACGUAACAAAAAUUGUAAAUCAUUAAUAAAUCCAAUACAAUUUCUUACUCAAUCAUCAUAUAUAUCAUUUCAAUUAAAAAAUAUAUCGAAACAAAUAUCAAUAUCAUUUCGUUUUGAAACAUAUUCAUCUGAUUCGAUACUUUUAUAUAGUCAAUCGAAUCAAGAUUUUCUUGGUUUUGAUUUAAUUGAUGGUUUUUUAUAUUUUACAAUUAAUACAAAUAAAAAACGACAUAGACAAGAAUUAUUUCAACAACGUUUUAAUGAUGGACAAACACAUUAUAUUCAAACAAAUAUAAGAAAUUAUCAAGGUGGAUUAGAAUUUAAUAUUACAAUAGAUUAUAGACAUGAUAUAAAUAUAUUUCUUGAGAAUAUUUCAACAGAAAUAUCAUUACUUUCAUUAACAAUUGGUGGUAUAAAUCCUUUGCCACGUCGAUUACCAACUAAUUAUUUUUCUGGUAUAAUGAAUCGUGGUUUAAUCGGUUGUUUUUUCGACCUUGAAAUAAAUAAUAUAUUAGUUAAUCUCACAAAAUAUAUUAAUUAUACAAAUAAUACAAUAGCACCAAAAAGUGGUCCAUGUUCGACAAUAUUAUCUACAAAACGUGAAUGUUUAUGUGAACAUAAUGGUGAAUGUCAAUUAAGUAGUAGUGGUACAUGGUCAUGUGAUUGUUCGAAAACUGGAUAUACAGGGCUACGAUGUGAACAAAUUGCAUAUCAUUUAGAUUUAAAUCAAACUCAAACAUAUGAAUUCAAUAGUAAUUUACAAUGGAGUGAAUAUAUUAAUGAUAUUUCAUUUGGAUUACAGGCUAUGCAUGAUCAAUUGAAUUUUCUUCAAAUUCGUGCAUGUCGUUUAUCAACGAAUUGUGAUUCAAUUGAUUUUUCUAUUAUUAAUGGUCUUUUACAAGUGAAUUUUUAUUUAUUAAAUCUAACAAGUGAAUAUCCAUUUUUACUCGAUAAUCAAUGGCAUUCAAUACGUUUACAACGUUUUGAUAAAAAAUCUUUAUUACAUAUUGAUAAUCAUAUAAGACAACAACAUGUCAAUAUAAAUUCUUUUAAUUCAUCAUCAUUACCAUCAACUAUAUGGAUAGUAUUUAUGGGUGAGAAACAAAUUCGAAUAGAAGAUUUACGCUUAUAUGAUCAACCAAUUUAUUCAAAAUUAAUCGCAAAUAAUCAAGAUGAACAUAUGAAAUUUAAAUAUCGAUUAAUGAAACCAUUAAAUGCUAUUUCAUUUAAUGAUCAAUUAAAUUCUUAUAUAGAAUUAAAAUUAAACGAUAUUCUUUGUCAAGAAUGUCAACUAUAUAGUAUUUACUUUCAAUUUCGUACAACAGAAUUAAAUGGUGUUUUAUUAUUUGCAAUGAUUCGAACAGAUAAUAAUCAUAAAAUCAGUUCGUCUUCAAAUAAUUCAAUUCAUCGAAAUAAUCAAUAUCUUAUAUUAAAACUAGUCAAUGGUCAACUUCAUUUAAUAAUCCUUCAACCAUCCUUACCUAAAAAUGAUAAUGAAGUUUAUAGAAUUCAAUCAAAUAUUACACUUAAUAAUAAUCAAUGGCAUCAUAUAUCUCUUUAUCGUGCUAGUAAUUAUCAUCUUGAAUUACAAAUUGAUUCAACUGAAUAUUAUCUUUCAACAUCAUUAUAUUUUCUUAAUAAAAUAUAUAUUGGUCGUCCAAUUGAAAUCGAUUUUUUAAAUCAUUUAUUAACUAUAAAAGCUUGUUUUGCAUCUUUAACAAUUAAUCGUCAUUCAAUAAAUUUACGUGAAUAUAUUAAACCAAAUACACAAAUUCGAAAUGAUUGUUUUCUUGAUUCUCAAUGUCCAUUACAACAAUGUCGAAAUACUGGUAUUUGUCAGGAUCGUAUUCACUGUAACUGUCAACAUACAAGUUUUCAAGGAAGAUUUUGUACAAAUUUUAAAUUAGGUUACUCAUUUGAUAAUUAUACACCUGGUUUAGUAUUCAAUCAACCAUAUAAUAAAGAAAAACAAUUUUUACUAUAUAGAAUUUCAUUUGGAAUAAUAACAAAAAUGAAUAUUGCUGAAAUUAUACGUAUAAAUGAUCAAUUAUCUAUUGAAAUAUAUUAUGGAUUUAUACGAAUUAAAUUAAAUGAAAAUGAUUAUUUAGAUAAUAAUCGUUUGAUUAAUGAUGGUUAUUAUCAUUUAAUACAAAUUACAUAUGAUAUAACAGGAUAUUUAUCUUUAAAUGUUGAUAAUAAAGCAGUAAUAAAACAAUUAAAUUAUAAAUUAGUAUUUGAUAAACCAUUGGUAUUAUUAAUUGGACAAAAUCCAAUAUUUACAUAUCCAUUUCAGGGUCAACUCUAUGGUCUUGAAUCUGAUAUUUAUUCUAUAUUUGAUUUAAUAUCACAAACAUUCCAACGUAUUUCAUUCACACCUGUUCGAAAUACAUCUCUGCUGUCUUUUUCAUCACCUAUUAUUUAUCCAUCGUAUCGAAUCAAAGAUGAUUUUACGCGUUCAUCAUGUCCAUAUCAACCAAAUGAUGAUAUUUGUAUGAUAAUAUCUGAUACAAAUUCAAGUUUAUUAUCAUAUUCGAAUGUAACAAGUCAAGUAUCUCUUCCUAAACGAAUACCAUCUCGAUCUACAAUUAAAGUAACAUCAAGAACUUCCGUAAUAACUUCAACAACAUCCUAUCAACUAUUAACUUCUCAUAUAUUAAAUUCAACAAAUCUUAGUGAUAUUCCAGCAUUAAUUGUUUCAAUUCGUACACCCGAUACAAAUCGAUUUCGAGAUAAAUUUUAUUGGCAAUAUAUUUGGAUAUUUGCUAUAUUUUUUCUAUGUAGUAUUGUAUUCUGUAUGAUAUUAUGUAUCUGUGCUUGUAUGAAAUAUCGUCGAAAAGAUGCAGGCGUUUAUGAACUUGAAGAGACACAACGAUUUCGACCAUUAAUUGUUGAAAUACCGUCAUCACCCGGUGAAUAUAAUCAACAAGGAUUAAAUUCAACAAAAUCUCGAACAAAAAAACCUAAUAUCAAAUCACAUUCACGACGCAAACGUAAAAAAUCACCAUUAUUAACAGCAGAUGACCAGCGAGAAUUUUAUAUUUAA